AUGGGCAAUAUUAGUCGUGAAGGCUUUAUUGUUCUGAUCAUUCUUGGCUGCAUCGUUUCGGUCCUCAUCGGCUACUCAAUCCAUUUCCUUGCAACUGGCGGAUUCAAGAACGACAAGCAGGAACGUGAGAUGUCCAUUGACCAAAAACAGUAUAUGCGAGCCCUGCGCCAACGAAACUUGGACUGGAUUGCUCGGGACGCCCGCACCGAAUACAACACUAGAGCAUAA